GACCCAAGUCUUCUGUUCUUGUGUUGCGUUUGUUUUUUGGGUGGACUUGCUUCUUCUGCUACUUUCUCUGAAGGGGUUCGAUCGGUUGAGUGAUCGGGAUGGAGAGCACUUUGAAGGAGAUCGGAGAUGGCGGUUCGGUGCUCGACUUGGACCCUAAAUCCACCGUCGGCGGUGGGGUUGAGGAUGUCUAUGGAGAAGACUGUGCUACAGAGGAGCAGCUGAUCACUCCAUGGACUUUCUCAGUUGCUAGUGGCUAUUCACUGCUGAGGGAUCCCCACCAUAACAAGGGGUUGGCAUUUACAGAGAAGGAAAGAGAUGCUCAUUAUUUGCGGGGUCUUCUGCCACCUUCCAUUGUUACUCAACAACUUCAGGAGAAGAAGUUGAUGCAAAACAUCAGACAGUAUCAGCUUCCACUUCAAAAAUUUAUUGCCAUGAUGGAACUUCAGGAAAGGAAUGAAAGACUUUUUUACAAACUUCUUAUUGACAAUGUCGAAGAACUGCUUCCCGUUGUCUAUACUCCCACUGUCGGUGAAGCUUGCCAGAAGUAUGGAAGCAUCUUCAGGCGGCCUCAGGGUCUUUACAUUAGUUUGAAAGAGAAGGGUAAGAUUCUUGAAGUAUUGAAGAAUUGGCCCCAAAGAAGUAUCCAAGUAAUUGUUGUGACCGAUGGUGAGCGCAUUUUGGGUCUUGGUGAUCUUGGUUGUCAGGGAAUGGGAAUUCCAGUUGGGAAACUUUCUCUAUACACCGCACUUGGAGGAGUUCGUCCUUCAGCAUGUUUGCCUAUUACGAUUGAUGUCGGGACAAACAACGAGAAAUUGUUGAAUGAUGAAUUCUACAUUGGGCUUAAACAAAGAAGGGCAACUGGAGAGGAGUACUAUGAACUUUUACAUGAGUUUAUGACUGCUGUUAAGCAGAAUUAUGGGGAAAAAGUUCUUAUUCAGUUUGAAGAUUUUGCCAACCACAAUGCUUUUGAGCUACUGGCCAAGUAUCGCACAUCUCAUCUAGUCUUCAAUGAUGAUAUUCAGGGGACAGCAUCUGUCGUUCUUGCGGGCGCUGUUUCUGCCCUGAAACUCAUUGGUGGUACCUUGGCCGAUCACACUUUCUUGUUCCUUGGUGCUGGGGAAGCUGGAACUGGUAUAGCAGAGCUUAUAGCUCUUGAAAUAUCAAAAAAGACAAAUGUUCCAGUGGAGGAGACCCGCAAGAAGAUCUGGCUUGUUGACUCGAAGGGAUUAAUUGUUCACUCCCGCAAAGAUUCACUUCAACACUUUAAGAAGCCAUGGGCUCAUGAGCAUGAACCUGUUCAGGAUUUGUUAAGCGCUGUCAAGGCAAUUAAGCCAACAGUUUUGAUUGGAUCAUCUGGAGUUGGACGAACUUUUACGAAAGAAGUCGUUGAGGCCGUGUCCUCCAUAAAUGAGAAACCUCUUAUUAUGGCUCUUUCCAACCCGACGUCUCAAUCUGAAUGCACUGCUGAAGAGGCUUACAAUUGGAGUGAGGGCCGUGCAAUCUUCGCUAGCGGAAGUCCAUUCGAUCCAGUCGAAUACAAUGGGAAGACCUUUGUCCCUGGCCAGGCCAACAAUGCCUACAUAUUCCCUGGGUUUGGUUUGGGUGUCGUAAUUUCUGGAGCUAUCCGUGUGCACGACGACAUGCUUCUGGCUGCCUCGGAAGCCUUGGCUGCGCAAGUCUCUGCGGAAAACUACGAGAAGGGAUUGAUCUACCCGCCCUUCACCAACAUCCGAAAGAUCUCGGCUCACAUAGCAGCUAACGUGGCUGCCAAGGCAUAUGAACUUGGCUUGGCGACCCGUCUCCCGCGCCCUGCCGAUCUUAUGAAGUAUGCCGAGAGCUGCAUGUACAGCCCCGUCUACCGAACCUAUCGAUAAAUGUAGCGAAGUUGCGACUGUGGUUUGUAUUAUAGAGCUUUUCAUGAAAGCAUUGUGUAAUGCUGUAUGGUGUGUGCCUGGGAGAGAGCUUGAAGUCUUCCAAAAUUUGAAUUGUAAUGCUGUAAUGUUUUCCUUCAGAAGUGGACUUAAUUUGUUAAUGAAACAAACUGUUUUUGUAUCAAUUUUCAAGUGCUUCAAUCCUA